AAUGCCAUGUUCAAAAAAACAUGCUCUCUACUUCUUCCAUUUGGAUAAAGAGCCUUUUAUUUUGCGAAGGUUCCCCCUCCGUUGUGCCGACUUACGCAUGUUUCCAUUUCCACUACGCUGCUAAUACGUCGGUUUACCCCUCUGCGUUAUUCACCAUUUUACCUGACCCUGCAAGGUGAAAUGUGAAGAGAAAUCAGCUUCCCCCUUGCGGUUGAAGAGGAUAAGUUUUCCCUUUUUUUUGAAAAGGCUAAGCGUAAAUUUGCUGGCCUGCAAUAGGACUAAUUUGCUGACUAGCAGACCGUUUGCACAAUUCGCAAGGAGAGCACUCCGGGGAGACAACUGAGACGAGUGAUCCAUACAGCUGCCACGUGGGACCCCCGAAACGAAUUUUGCAGACCAAAAUGAACGAUGACGUGUCGAAUUUGCUCUACGAAGGGAUUAAUCUAAUUUUUGAGAAGUGGACCGUUCUCCGUCUGGCCGUGACGAACAACUGGGGAGGGCCAAGUUCGGAAGAGAAGAAAAAAAAACUAAUCGAAUAUGUGCACAGCUACGUGUUCUCUGCUAGCAGCCCAAAACACAAGCUGUGCGACUACUUGAGGGACGAAAUGAACACCCUGUUCAACGUAGACAUUGAGGAUGACAGUGAUAUCGAAGUCUCCGAUUUGAUAUUGGACCUGUACAGCAACUUGAAAAAGAACAACCUAGACGUUAUAGAAAAAAUCAAACAGAUAAAGGAGUCCGACUUGACGCACUGCAAGGAAAACAACUUGGUAGAGGAAGCCUACGAUUCUGAGGAGGCCGAAUCGGGGAGCGAUUUUUCGGAGGAAGAGCAGUCAGGGAGUGACUACACAGCUGAGGACCAUUCUGAUGGAGAACAACCAAACGGUGAAUAA